CAGCCCCCCUGAGCUCGCCGCCGCGCCCGUGCCGCGCCUCGCGCGCCUGGGCCGCGCGGGCGUUGCAGGGAUGGCGCGGUCCACGCAGCCGAGCAGCCCUGGCCCGGCGGUGGCGGAGGCUUUGCUGCGAACGGCAAUCGAGGGGGGAGCCUCGAGGCAGGUCGCAGCCGCCGUGGCCUCGGCACUGUGGUGCCGCGCGGCGGCAGACGGGGCUCCCAGUGGGGGGCUGACGCGCUAGCCGCGCACGGCGAGCAGCAGGGCAAGCCCGCGGCGCUCGACGUGGAGGUCACCGCGCGCUUGGGCCUCGCCGAGCCCAUCGUCAGGGCCAAGGUCUCGGCGGGCUCGGACGCGGCCAGCACGGCGGAGUGCAGCGGCGACGACGUCGUGCUGCGGAACGUGGCCAUGCACGGCUACGACCAGUCCGUACUCGGCCUCACUCCUGGCGCUGCCAGGCGGCGCCAGCGGGGAGGGCGACGGCUCAACGGUCGGCAGACGCACCAGGUGGGGCGCCUGCAGGAGGUCGAGCCUGAGGAGGGCGCGUCGGUAGCGAAGCCCUCGAUGCACGAGGUGGCGUUGGCGGAAAAGGCCGAGGCUUUGGCGCUGGCCGAGCGCAAGGCGGCCGAAGCCGACGCGAUCGCCGUCGAGCUCCAGCAGGUCCGCCUGGAGAUGGCCCAAGAGCAGGCGGCGCGGGGGAAUGUGGAGGCGAUGGCAGAGGCUGGAUGCGCGGGGCAUGCGCGGGAGUUCGCCAGCCUCCAGCAGCAGCUCGAGACGGACCAGGCCGCCACGGCUGAGGAGGCGGGCGCCCGCCUCGAGCUCGCGCAGGAGCUCGCGACAGGAGCUCGCGACGUGCCGGGUGUAGCACCAGGGCGGGGUCGCCGACCUCCAGGAGCAGCUGCGGGCGCGCGACAAUGCGGUGGCGCUCCUGGCCCAGGAGCUGAACCGUGCGAGAGCGCAGGUGGCCGUGCAGGCCGAGGCGCGGUGCUCGGCGCUGGCCCCGGCGGCUCGGCCAGGGCCGCCAGAGGCUGAGCCUGGCCCGGCGCAGGGCAGACGGCAGCGGCGGCGUGGCGGAGCUCAGCCCAGCGCAAGGCAGACGGCAGCGGCAGCGCUGCCACGGCUGAGCCUGGCCAGCGAACGGCAGACGGCAGCGGCAGCGCUGGCGACGGCAGAGCCUGGCCAGCCAAAGGCCCCCAUCCGUUCUGCUAGAUGUCUGGUCUCUCGCACGUGGGCAUCUUGUUACUUGUGUGUUCGGAGGCUGGUUGGACUGCUUAUCCGUGCGAUGGCAGUGGGAGCAGCUUCUUGUCCGUGCGAUGGCAGUGUGCAAGCGGCUGCUCCUCCCUUGGGAGGUCUGGGCCUGUGUGGCUGUCCAGUCCCUGCCUGAGGGUGCCUGGGGGCCUGGCCUGCUGGUGCCCUUGGGGGGUGCUGGGCUCGAUGCAGUCUCGCAUAGAGCAUCCCAGUGCCUGCGCGCCUGCUACGGGCCGGGUGCGAGUAGCGUGGCGUCGCGAUUCGUCGUUUUGUCUUCGCUGUUCAUAUACUAUUGUCAUCUCCGCCAGUUAUCCGUGCGAUGCUGGCUGUUCUUCCGUUUUGGAUGUGUAUAUUCACUCGUUUCGGUCCUGUGCGACCCCCUUCCCACAUUUGACAUAGCAGCGCUUCGCGUUCGGGUCUGAUAAGUGUGGUCUGGAAGCCUCGGUGGCUUCAAUUGUCUUGGGGGCAGGGGUGUGUUCGUUUCAUCCGUGUUUCGGACGCUGUCCCUUCGGUAUGCGGUCCGCUCCCAUCUUCUCCCUCCA